GAAAAAACCAAAGUGGUUGAACCAUUGGACUAUGAGAACGUGAUCCUUCAACGCAAAGUUCAGAUCUACAGUGAUCCCCUCCGAGACCUGCUGAUAUUUCCAAUCGAAGAUGUAUCUAUUUCAGUCAUUGGUCGGCAGAGAAGGACUGUCCAGUCUACAGUGCCAGAAGACGCUUUAAGGAAAGCUCAGAGCCUCUUCGUCAAAGAGUGCAUUAAAACCUACAGCUCAGACUGGCACGUGGUAAACUACAAGUAUGAGGAAUACUCGGGAGACUUUCGGAUGUUGCCAUGCAAAUCCUUUAGGCCAGACAAGAUUCCAAGCCAUGUGUUUGAAAUUGAUGAGGACUUUGAAAAGGACGAGGAUUCCUCGUCCCUGUGCUCCCAGAAGGGUGGUGUGAUAAAGCAAGGCUGGCUGCAUAAGGCAAACGUAAAUAGCACAAUCACUGUUACCAUGAAG